UGCGCCGCGCCGCCGUCGGAUUCCUGGGCCUGGAGGAAGUACGGCCAGAAGCCCAUCAAGGGAUCCCCCUACCCGAGGGGGCACUACAGUGCAGCAGCCUCGAAGGGCUGCCCGGCGAGGAAGCAGGUGGAGCGGAGCAGGGCGGACCCCACCGUCGUCCUCGUGACCUACACGUGCGAGCACAACCACGCCUGGCCCCCGCCGCCCAAGGGCCACCGAGCUCCGCCACCGCGCGGCAAAGGAGGCGGACCCGCGAUCGGCCCGAGCCCGGUCAGCCCGGCGCCGCCCGAGCCCGCAUCCGAUCCGGAUCCGGAGAGUCGAGUUCUCGCAUCUGAUCGCCGGCCGACGACUUCUGGCUACUCCGACGUGGGGUCCUGCGUCGUCCACGUCGCCCCCGACGACACGCUCCUGUACGGGUCGGUGUUCGUGGGCCCGCUGAUCUGGCGGCCGAGAGAGUUCGAGAGGAUCGGCGACUUUAAGGGCGACGAGGAGGAGGACGCGCUCUUCGCGGGGCUGGGAGAGCUGCCGGAGUACUCGACGGUUUUCAGACGGAGCUACUUUAAUCGGACGGUGCCGGUACAUACAGCUGUUCACCAAUAAUCGUGCUUUUGCAUGCGAUUUAUCUUUUUCUUUUAGCCCCCCUCCUCUUUUGAGUUAAUUAUCACUUUAACCAUCUUUUUUUACCCAUUUCUCACCUUUCGUAUACUAGAUAGGGGUUUAGAUCUGUCAAAAUAAUUUAAUAAAAAAUUUAUCUGCUUUUUUUUUA